AUGAUUGAGGAAGUCUUGAAGAAGACCUCGGAGAUGUUCCCGCUGCCCACCGCGACGGCCUCGUCGCUGCCUUCGGUUGCUCCCAUCCCAACCGUCGCCCCCGGACCUGAGCCCACUUACGAGGUUGCCGGCGAUGCUGGAAUGAAGACCCUCUGGGUCGUCUUUGUUCUCAUGCUGAUCGCCUCUGCCGGUUUCACCGUCAUGUCCUGGAAGGUGCCUUUGAACAAGCGCCUUUACCAUGUCAUCACCACCAUCAUCACCCUCACCGCUGCCCUCUCUUACUUCGCCAUGGCCUCCGGUGCCGGUGUCUCCCUGAAGAAGGAGGUCGAGCGCGAGCAGCACGACCACGUCCCCGACACCUACAACGUCGUCUACCGCCAGGUCUACUGGGCCCGUUACGUCGACUGGACCAUCACCACCCCUCUCCUGCUCCUCGACCUCGGUCUCCUUGCUGGCAUGUCUGGUGGACAUAUGAUCAUGAUGGUUGUUGCCGACAUCAUCAUGGUUCUCACUGGUCUCUUCGCUGCCUUCGGUACUGAGGACACUGCUCAGAAGUGGGGCUGGUACACCAUCUCGUGCAUUGCCUUCCUCUUCGUCUUCUGGCACCUUGGUCUUAACGGUGGUGCCAACGCCCGCGCCAAGGGUGACAAGCUCCGCGGUUUCUUCAUCUCCAUCGCUGCCUACACCGCCGUCCUCUGGACCGCCUACCCCAUUGUCUGGGGUAUCGCCGAUGGUGCUCGCAAGGCUAGCGUCGACACUGAGAUCAUUGCCUACGCUGUCCUCGAUGUCCUCGCCAAGGCCGUCUUCGGUGCCUGGCUCUUGGUUGCCCACGCCAACAUGCGCGAGAGCGAUGUUGAGCUCAACGGCUUCUGGGCCAACGGUCUCAGCCGCGAGGGUGCCAUCCGCAUUGGUGAGGAUGACGGUGCUUAA